ACGCAUUGUAGUCCGGUGGGACAAUGAGCUAUGACUACCAUCAGAGCUGGGGCCGCGAUGGUGGGCCCCGCAGCUCCGGUGGGGGCUGUGGAGGAAGUCAUGGAGGGGGCCAUGGAGGGAACCGAGGCUCCGGAGGCGGUGGCGGAGGAGGAGGCGGUGGUCGAGGAGGCCGGGGCCGACAUCCCGGGCACCUGAGAGGCCGCGAAAUCGGCUUGUGGUACGCGAAGAAACAGGGGCAGAAGAACAAGGAAGCCGAGAGGCAGGAGAGAGCUGUAGUACACAUGGAUGAACAUCGAGAAGAACAAAUUGUGCAGCUCCUACAUUCUGUCCAAGCUAAGAAUGAUAAAGAUUCAGAAUCACAAAUAUCCUGGUUUGCUCCGGAAGAUCAUGGGUAUGGUACCGAAGCUCCUGCUGAGAACAAACCAAACUCAGAGAAGAAAUUUGAGGACCAGGAAAAAAAAUUGAUAAAUCAAGAAAAAAGGACAUUUAGAAUCAGGGACAAAUAUAUUGACCGAGAUUCUGAGUAUCUCUUGCAAGAAAAUAAACCAGAUGUAACUUUAGACCAACAGUUACUGGAAGAUUUGCAAAAGAAAAAAACUGACCCUCGGUAUAUUGAAAUGCAGCAUUUCAGGGAAAAGCUGCCUUCAUUUGGAAUGCAAAAGGAAUUGGUAAAUAUGAUCGAUAAUAAUCAGGUGACAGUAAUAAGUGGUGAAACUGGUUGUGGAAAAACCACUCAAGUAACUCAGUUCAUUUUGGAUAAUUACAUCGAAAGAGGAAAAGGAUCUGCGUGCAGGAUAGUUUGUACUCAGCCAAGAAGAAUUAGUGCCAUUUCAGUUGCAGAGAGAGUGGCUGCAGAAAGGGCAGAAUCUUGUGGCAAUGGUAAUAGUACUGGAUACCAAAUUCGUCUGCAGAGCCGGCUGCCAAGGAAACAGGGUUCUAUAUUAUACUGUACGACAGGAAUCAUCCUUCAGUGGCUCCAGUCAGACUCGCAUUUGUCCAGUGUUAGUCAUAUUGUGCUUGAUGAAAUCCAUGAGAGAAAUCUGCAGUCAGAUGUUUUAAUGACUGUUGUUAAAGACCUUCUAAGUUAUCGGCCUGAUCUGAAGGUAAUAUUGAUGAGUGCAACAUUGAAUGCUGAGAAAUUUUCAGAAUAUUUUGGUAACUGUCCAAUGAUACAUAUACCUGGUUUUACUUUUCCGGUUGUGGAGUAUCUUUUGGAAGAUAUAAUUGAAAAAAUAAGAUAUGUUCCAGAACAAAAAGAACACAGAUCCCAGUUUAAGAGGAGUUUCAUGCAAGGGCAUGUAAAUAGACAAGAAAAAGAAGAAAAAGAAGCAAUUUAUAAAGAACGCUGGCCAGAUUAUAUAAGGGAGCUGCAGAAGAGGUAUUCUGCAAGUACUGUAGAUGUUAUAAAAAUGGUGGAUGAUGAUAAAGUUGAUCUGAAUUUGAUUGCUGCCCUUAUUCGAUACAUUGUUUUGGAAGAAGAGGAUGGUGCAAUAUUGGUCUUCCUUCCAGGCUGGGACAAUAUCAGCACUUUACAUGAUCUCUUGAUGUCACAAGUGAUGUUUAAAUCAGACAAGUUUCUUAUUAUACCUUUACAUUCACUGAUGCCUACAGUUAACCAGACACAGGUAUUUAAAAGAACCCCUCCUGGUGUUCGGAAAAUAGUAAUUGCUACGAACAUUGCAGAGACUAGCAUAACCAUAGAUGAUGUAGUUUAUGUGAUAGAUGGAGGAAAAAUAAAGGAGACACACUUUGACACCCAGAACAACAUCAGCACAAUGUCUGCUGAGUGGGUCAGUAAAGCUAAUGCCAAACAAAGGAAAGGUCGAGCUGGAAGAGUUCAGCCUGGCCAUUGCUAUCAUCUGUAUAAUGGUCUUCGAGCAAGCCUUCUAGAUGACUAUCAACUGCCAGAGAUCUUGAGAACUCCUCUGGAAGAACUUUGUUUACAAAUAAAGAUCUUAAGGCUUGGCGGAAUCGCUCAUUUUCUGAGUAGGUUAAUGGAUCCACCAUCAAAUGAAGCGGUGUCACUCUCCAUAAAGCACCUGAUGGAACUGAAUGCUCUGGAUAAACAAGAAGAAUUGACACCUCUUGGAGUCCAUUUAGCACGAUUACCAGUUGAGCCACACAUUGGAAAGAUGAUUCUUUUUGGGGCUCUGUUCUGUUGUUUAGACCCAGUACUUACCAUCGCUGCGAGUCUCAGCUUCAAGGAUCCCUUUGUGAUCCCAUUGGGGAAAGAAAAGGUCGCAGAUGCAAGAAGAAAGGAAUUGGCAAAGGAUUCUAAAAGUGACCACCUGACAGUUGUGAAUGCAUUUGAGGGAUGGGAAGAAGCUAGACGACGUGGUUUCAGAUAUGAAAAAGACUAUUGCUGGGAGUAUUUUCUGUCUUCAAAUACGUUGCAGAUGCUGCAUAACAUGAAAGGGCAGUUUGCUGAGCAUCUUCUUGGAGCUGGAUUUGUAAGCAGUAGAAAUCCCAAAGAUCCGAAAUCUAAUAUAAAUUCAGAUAAUGAGAAGAUAAUUAAAGCUGUCAUCUGUGCUGGUUUAUAUCCCAAAGUUGCUAAAAUUCGACUAAAUUUGGGUAAAAAAAGAAAAAUGUUGAAAGUUUACACAAAAACUGAUGGACUGGUUGCUAUUCACCCUAAGUCUGUUAAUGUGGAGCAAACAGAUUUUCACUAUAACUGGCUUAUCUAUCACCUAAAGAUGAGAACAAGUAGUAUAUACUUGUAUGACUGCACAGAAGUUUCCCCAUACUGUCUCUUGUUCUUUGGAGGCGAUAUUUCCAUCCAGAAGGAUAAUGAUCAGGAAACUAUUGCUGUUGAUGAGUGGAUUGUCUUUCAGUCUCCAGCCAGAAUUGCCCAUCUUGUUAAGGAAUUAAGGAAGGAAUUAGAUACCCUUCUGCAAGAGAAGAUCGAAAGUCCCCAUCCUGUUGACUGGAAGGACACGAAAUCCAGAGACUGUGCAGUCCUCUCAGCCAUCAUAGACUUGAUCAAAACACAGGAAAAAGCCACUCCCAGGAACUUGCCGCCACGAUUCCAGGAUGGAUAUUAUAGCUGACAGCUUUUCUGUGGUGGUCUGAAAGCCCGUUUGACAGACAUUUUCCAGCAUAGCUUAAUUUUUAGCUAAAUGCCAAACCCUGGGACAUGAAUAAUUUUCGUGUGUAAGGCAGAGACCUUCAGUAGGUAGUAAAGACUUACUGUGCAUGAGUUAGCAGUGUUACCUGUAGCUAUUACAAAUAUACCGUGAAAAGCAAUGUGUUCUCUGAUCAUAUACUCUGUUGUGGUCCUGUCCACACUUGGGGAGUAUUUCUGUUAUACGGAUUGAGUGUCGUACCACUUGAGAAAUUCCUUUGUUUUGUUAUAAGAAAUUAAUUUUUCUGCCCAUAAUGACUGAGUAAAGAACCAGUAAAAGUAGAAUACUUAGGCAAAAAGCAGUGUCAAGUAGGAAUUUGAACAGAGCCACAUUUUUUAAAUGAAACUUCUAUCAGAAGUUCAUUUGUUCUAGUAAAACCCAGUAUUUAAUAAA